AUGGUCAAACCACUAUCUUUUAAGGGCGAUAAGAAGCCCAAGAAAAGAAAGCGUACUGAAGCAGACCCGUCAGCUGAAGAAGCAGGUUCUAGCAGUCUUGCAGUCGCCACGACAGCCGAGGGUGCAGAAAACGAUGAUAGCUGGGUAUCAGCUGAUGCCGUCGGAGAUGUUCAAGGUCCGGUCAUGAUUGUACUUCCAACAGAACCUCCGACCUGCCUGGCUUGCGAUGCCAAUGGCAAGAUCUUCACCGACCCCAUCGUGAACAUCAUCGACGCGAAUCCUACCAGCGCCGAACCCCACGACGUGCGCCAGGUUUGGGUUGCAAAUAAGAUCUACGGCACCGAGAACUUUAGGUUUAAAGGCCGUUAUGGAAAGUACCUCAGCUGCGACAAAUAUGGCAUCCUUAGUGCGAUAUCCGAAGCUAUAUCGCCGCUUGAAACGUGGUCCGUGAUUCCGACCUCCGAGACGCCGGGUACAUUCCAGAUCCAGUCGCAAAGUGAAACUUUCUUAACUAUCAAGGAGCCUACGAAGGCAAACGGCACACCUGAGGUUCGUGGAGAUGCUACAGAAAUAAGCUUCGAUACUACAUUAAGGAUUCGCAUGCAAGCGCGCUUCAAACCUCGACUUAAGGCAACGAAGGAGGAAAAGGCGAAGGAAAGGAUUAGUCGAAAGGAGCUUGAGGAUGCUGUGGGUAGGCGACUCAACGAGGAUGAAGUUAGAAAUCUGAAGAGAGCGAGAAGGGAGGGCGAUUACUACGAGCAGCUACUAGAUCUAAAGUCCAAGAACAAGCACGACAAAUACUCUUGA